CGAUAAGUUCGCGGUCACACUAUCGCAAUGUUCGCCAAUGUUAUUAUUUACAAAUUAAAUUAAAUAUGCUGACUUACAACCGUGCACUCUGGUGUCUGCCCGGCAAACUUAUGCGGAACCUUUCGACGGCUGGGACACCGGUUUUGACCGAAAAUGACCAGACCAACAGCUUGCUGCCGGCUUAUACUGAUGAGGAACGCCAGAAGAUACUUGCGAGGAUCAACGACACCAGCAUCGAUCAUAUGCUCAGCUACGACAUAACCAAGGGGCGAGCCAGCAAACUGCAUAGCUGGAGGACGCGCAAUGGUCCACUGCGUGAUGUGAACGACAUCUUGUUUGUGGAGGGCUUUGGCCUGAAGGUAGCAAAAAAGUUCUUCAGAAGCCUACUGGAACCAGAGGGCGCCAGAAGAGGCAGCGAGGGAAAUUCCAUCCAGAAACCCAAGUCCAUCCGAACGGCUCCCUUCAUAACUCCUGGAAUGGACGAGGGACAGCGUACGCAGAUUGUGUCCAGCGUGGGAGUUCGCAUUGGCGUGACCAGCGUUAGUUGGGCACGAAUUGAGAUUGGAAAGAAUGACAAUGAGCCCUGCCGCCUCACCCAUUGGCAGCAUCACGAGCUGAACGACAAGAAGCUGCACUUGGCCGAGCUGGCCCGACGCUGCCUGUACGUGACCCACCAAAUGCCACAGGCGGACUGCUAUGUUCUAGAAAACCCACAGAUGGCCCAGGCCAGCAGCAACCCGGGCAGCAUCGAUCAGCAGAAUGUCAACAUCCAGAAAUCCCAAGUGACGGCCAUAUUGAGCUAUGCCCUGCUGUCCCGGGCCGAUCCAGACGCGACCAAGUGCAACAACCUCUACUACAUGCGGCGCUUUCUCACAGCACGACUCUUCAACCACUUGGUGGGCACAGAGAGGGUCUCCUCAGAGGACACAAUCCUGUCCAUGAUGCGCACCCACUAUAACAUGGAGGACCAGAUAGAGGCGACGCCGCAGGCACACGCAGGAAUACGCAGUCAGGUUCAGUUCCCUGCCGACCUGAGAAACAUGUUCUCGCAGCUGGAACGCUAUCAGCGUGAGCUGCUGGGCCAGGCUUUUCUGCUUAACUUGGCAUUUGCACGACUCGUUCUCCUGCAGGAUCCGUUGAGCAUUUCAACAGUUUCGCGCAGCCCAAAAAGUUCCCUCCUUCCCAGUGCCGACGGCUGUGAGGCAAUUGUUCAAUAGCCGAUUAGAUAUGUAUAUUUGUUUGAACUGUUUCUUAUUCCUACAGAAUAAAUGUCAUUUCCUUCGCAGAAGGGAUGUGUAAUAAUACAAAAAUGUCUUGCUUCGGGCGAGCGAGUUCAAGAACUGAUUAUGAUGAUA